AUGCGGUCCUACUCAGGAUGCUUGACUUGCCGACAGCGGAAAUUGAAAUGCGACGAGUCGAAGCCCCUCUGUGAUAACUGCAGAAGGAGCUCGCGCGAGUGUGUCUUUCUAGAUAGAUCUAUUUUCCGAGGCUUCGAGAGCCAACCGUCAUCGGGCUGCAAGGGACUGUUUGCGGACAGCCAGGUCUGGCUCGAGGUCCCUCCACGACUCACAUUCAUCCAUGUUCACGACUCCUAUGAGGUCGAGUCUCCUCCGCCUCUGUUGCACCAACAGUCGGAAACGGAAAUUUCGCCCCCUGCGUCCGCUGGGGUUUUAGCAUCUCUCAUUUCAAGCACGGCCCAGGCCAAUGGAUGGAUGUCUUUGAUACUGGAGCCUACUUCUCUCACAAAGCCCCUGUCUUGGCGACAACAAGGCCACUCUUAA